CUCCCUUGCCACCUGCCUCCUGCACCGACGGUCAUGUUCAGUCACCCAGGAGAUGAUGGAGAAGCUGGUCAGGCCUCCUGGGAAGGGAGGAAGAGGGCCCUAGCUGGAGAGAUCCAUCAGCAGAGGCUGGGGAGGAGACACAGACCCUUGCUCCCUGACACUCCUCGGGGCCAACAUGGGGCAGGAGUUUAGCUGGGAGGAGGCAGAGUCGGCUGGCGAGAUAGAUGUGGCGGAGCUCCAGGAGUGGUACAAGAAGUUCGUGAUGGAGUGCCCCAGCGGCACACUCUUUAUGCAUGAGUUUAAGCGCUUCUUCAAAGUCACGGAAGAUGAGGAAGCCUCCCAGUAUGUAGAGGGCAUGUUCCGAGCCUUCGACAAAAAUGGGGGAAUUUACCAGCUGAAGAAAGCCUGCCGGCGAGAGCUACAAACUGAGCAAGGCCAGCUGCUCACGCCUGAGGAGGUCGUGGACAGGAUCUUCCUCCUAGUGGAUGAGAAUGGAGACGGCCAGCUGUCUCUGAACGAGUUUGUUGAAGGUGCCCGUCGGGACAAGUGGGUGAUGAAGAUGCUGCAGAUGGACAUGAAUCCCAGCAGCUGGCUCGCUCAGCAGAGACGGAAAAGUGCCAUGUUCUGAGGGGUCUGGGGCCCCUCCAUGACUCCAGGCUCACCCUGGUUUCCCGGGUUGUGGGAAGGUCCCUGGCUCAGCCUGCUUAUAUCCAUUCUUCCCCUGGUGUAGACUUCCUGGCACCCCCUGUUCAGGACUGAGUGGGGUUGGGAAAGGGCUGCUGGGUCUGAAGUGACCAACAGGACAUAGUCCAUUCCAGCAGAUUCUUGGGAUGGUGAAGGAAAGCCGGUUACUUUUCCCCUUUAGCUGCUCCCGGGAGGACUAUGCCUUGGCUGGGUGGUUGUGGGGCUCCUGCAGUCUCCAGGUGUUCUCAGUUGGAAGCAGGAGCCAACCGAGGGGUGAGGGUCCCACAGACCAAAUCAGCAAUGAGAACACAAAGACCAGUAGGAGGCAGGGCCACGAAGGCGUUGAGACUGAAGAAAAGGCAGGAGAGUUGGGGAUCGGGGGCAGCAAUAAUUCUAUAACCCCCAGGAAGCUGAGGAGCGUUCACAGGGAGGACCCUGGCCUGCUCCUCCCCAAGGCAGCCUCACCAUUGGUGUCAGCAGGAAAAAUGGUAGCAAACAUGCUGCAGGCCGUGGUCUUCCUGCCUUUGGAAGAGUCGGCUGUGCUUAAAGGGGCUGUUUCAGCUCUGUCUGGGUGCUGCUCUGGGACCCCCUGCUGCCAACCCACCGUUCCCCCAAAAAUCCUCCCUCUCCAUCCACAUCCCCCAGGAUGGACCUUCCACAAUUCCCAGCCAUAAGCUGAAUGUUUCUCUUUAAAAGAUGGAGAAAACGUCUCUCUGUCUCUGGCAAGAACUGGGGGCCUGCCGACUGGGGUUCUAGGCUGGGCUUUGCUUCUAACUGCUGUGUGAUCCAAGACAGCCACUUCUCCUCCCUGACCCUGGUUAUAUCUCAGCUGCACAGUGAGCAGGUCGGACUAGGCGAGCAGUUUUUGGAUUAUUAUGUUUUUAGAUGUGGAAUUGUUUUUUGUUAUACAAACUUUUACGUGUAACCCAGUAUAGAAACUAGAUUAAAAGGGAGUCUCUCUGGCUGAAAGCGGGGCUGAGUAGCCUCUGGAACUGGAGGCACCUCUGAAAAAAGCAAACUGAAAACCAGUCCCCUGGGUCACUGUUACUCCUGUAAGACAGUUUAAAAUGGGACCUGGAAAAACAUUUGCUUUACCUUGAAUAGAUAGGUUUCUAUGUUGAUGUAUAAAAAAUAAAACUAACCUACUGAACCUGCGACUUUA